AUGGCCAAGCACACGCGUUUUUCGGCUUUGGACGAGCCAGUAGACAUCUUCCAGGACGAGAUCUUCGAGAGCGCCGCCCCUAUGACCAGUCACGCUCCCAUGCCCUCAGUCACAAAACCCAACCGACGACCCCUGACGAGCUCGAGCUCCAACGUCGUCUUCAACCCACCCGCCACUUCGCACAGCACAUAUUCGACCUUCAAGACAAGGCCGUCUUCUUCGUCACACAUUCCCCUGAAUUCGUCGCUCGGGAACAAGUUGAACAUGGUCCCCAUGGCUCCUCCAUCAACCAGAGGCCACAACGCCAGCAUGCCUCAAAAGGGGCCCUACCUAUCAGAAUUCAAGACAGGCCCUCAAAAGCCAUCCAUUGAUAUCAGUUUCGACUAUGGAAAGGAGAACAUUCGCCCUCAGCUCUUCCCGGCACCACCCGCUGUCAACCUCCCGGCCGAAACCUACUACCGCAAGCCCAACGGCAAGCGAGCGCUCAUGGAUGCUGCUCCCAUCAAGGACUCAAGACCAGCAAAGAAGAUCAAGGCUGAGCCGGCCGCCACAGUCAUUCCUCCUCCCGACGCCUUCCCACCCAUCAUCGAUGACGGCAACAAGCCUCCUCACAGCUACGCCCAACUGAUUGGAAUGGCCAUUCUCCGAUCUCCUAAGAAACGACUCACACUUGCCCAGAUUUACAAGUGGAUCAGCGACAACUACUCCUUUUACAGUCCUUCCGAUGCCGGUUGGCAGAAUAGCAUCCGCCAUAACCUCAGCCUCCACAAGAACUUCAACAAGAUCGAGAGACCCAAGGACGACCCCGGCAAGGGCAACUACUGGGCCAUCGAACCCGGCACUGAGUCCCAGUUCCUGAAGGAAAAGACUACGCGCAAAUCUGCAUCCGCCUCGGAGAAUCUGCCUGUCAUGUCAACUCGGCUAGAGCCCUCGCGUUCGACUCGUGCCCCGAUCCAGGAGCCUACUCUCCCUCCGCCCAUUCCCAUCAGCCAGGCUACUCUCCCACCCCUUCCCACUUCUCAAGCCACCAUGUCGAUGCCUCCGGAGUUGUCUUCGGAUGCAACCAUCCCGGUCUCUGAUAACAUUGGUCCCGAAGAUGCCGCAGACAAGGCCGAUAACGAUGCUCCUCACGACUCCUCCCUCUACUCACCUCUUCCCGCUGCCAUGCACUCGUCACCUCCCGUCUCCCGGCACAUGGAGCCCCGAAGCAACACUCCGCCUCCUAUCGCUCGCAACCCCGCCUCUUCCAUCUCACGAUCUCGCAGGCGCAAGUUUGCGUCCAUGGAUGACAGUGGAUACAUCUCUUCUCUUGAUUCAUCCGUUGUCCGACCCAACCAGAAGGCUUACCUGCUGACAUCAGAGGCCGACCGCCCAAGGAUGAAGGUUCGAGGCCGUGCCGAGGAGGAAAUUGCCCGCCUGCGAGGAUCCUCUCCCUUCAGCCCGACCAAGUCACGCUUCUGCCCGCCCGUUUCGUCCUCUCCGCUGCGACUUCACGACAAUCAGAUGCUUCCCCCGCUCACGCCUGUCAUCAAGAUCAAGCCUCCUGUUCGACCACCUCCCUCGGUCUCUCCCAACACCAACCUUCGACUUCACCGUGACAAGGUCCAAAGCAUUCUCCAGUCGCCUAUCCGCCGGGUUAGUGCCCUCGGUGGCCUCGGUGAUAUUGCGCCAUGGAGUCCUGCCUUCAACCUCGAUGACCCCGUCUACAGCUUUGACUGCGAUGUCGUGAACUCGGCCGACUUUGAGGUUUUCCACGGAUUGCCAAACCUCGAGGGAGAUGCCUUUGCUGGCAUCAGCUCAGCUGAGGCUGGAUCCCCUGUCAAGCGUUCUGUCAAGCGUAAUCGGUUGGAUCGAUCUGUCUCUACAUCCGCCCUAGGCGAGAUCACAAACUCUGCCGUCAAGAAGCCCAUCGCUUCCGCCCCCUUGCUCAAGGCCCCCGAGCCGUCUGCUGCGUAUGACAGCCCUAGCAAGAUCUUUGAAGGCCUCAGCUCGCCAUCAAGGAUGUUCCAGCAAUCCCCCAUCAGGAACCAGUCCCCUUCCAAGUUUGCCAGCCUGCCAGACCUCCCUGCCGACUGUGACUGGCCCUCAAUGAUGAUGGACCCUGUUGGCUUCAUGAACCACGGUACGCCGGAUGUCGCAAACUUUUCGAACCUAGACAUCUUCAAGGGAUUCGAGAAGAUUGGCUCCGGAUCACAAAACACCUCAAACGACAACGAAAACUCCACCAACUCCAACUCUGCCAACCCCAGGGGCAGCAAGCCCGGGCUGGGUCGGAGCUACUCUACUGCAUUUUAA